AUGGAGUUUUUAGUGGAGGAGGUGUUAAUGAAGAAUCGACCCGCGACGAUAUGCCGGGUCAAUGAAGCAGCGCCGGUCGAAAUCAAACCAGAAUCAAAUGUAUCAUCGCCAGACACUGCGCUCGACCCACCGGAUUCUGCAGUCUCUGCUUCGACAACUGGACUAACACUGCUGUGUCGGAGCGCCACCGAUGUGAAUUCGCCGACUGGACAAUCCGACAAGCGUAUAUCAAUGUCCAGCACCUCCACUGAGGGGAUGGCGCAUUAUGUGAGGGCUCCUCAUCCGCAAGUCAUCUCCGCAACAGGUGCCUGCUCUCUGCUCUCACGUCAAGGUCUAGCACAGGUCGAACGUCUGGUUGGCGACUCAAGACUCACCGAUGCACUGAACGACCUCCGACAUCAAUUUCAAAGCCUGCACUCUGCUUCCUACCUGCAGCCUGAGGAUACGAAUAACCCACUGCCCGACCAUCAAGUCGUUGCUGAUUGCGUGAAUGGAUACAUGGCAACGACGAACAUGAGCAUCAGGCUGUUUCAGGAGUCUGAGAUACAAACCGCCAUGCGAUCCUAUUUGCUUGGGCAACGCAUCGAAGACCCUGGCUGGUGGAUGGCUGUAAACGUCAUGCUUGCCUAUACCCUUCGCAAACAAAGUCGCAUGCGCAACAAGGCUGUCUACAAGAAAUACAUUCACAAUGCUCUGGGCAUGAUUCCCAAUGUGGUCAUUCGAUCGCCUUCGCCAUUGACAAUCGGCUCGCUCCUAUCCAUGGUCCUAUUCUACAAGUUCACGUUCGAAAACCAUGUUGCCCAGUCUCUUUUGGGUCUCGCUGUUCAGCUUCUUCUGAUGUCUGGCUAUCACCGUCCAGAAACCUUUCGCACAGCCUUCACUCCGUCUACUUUGAGCCCGUCAGAUCGGCUCCAUCGCCGUCGGCUUUUUUGGCAAGCUUAUAUUCUCGACCAUGACCUUAUGCUUCGUAUUGGCCAGCCCCCACUUAUCAAGGAUGAAUUCUUACUCGACCUACCAGAAGAGUACCCAGCAGAUGGGUAUAGUAUGUACCACUUUCCCAAUAACGCUUCUCUCAAUUUCUUUUUGCAACAGGUCCGUCUAGCGAGGAUACAAGGACGGAUCUCGUCAGAGCUGUACUCAAGCGCCAAAGUCUCGUCAUCGGAGCUCGAGGCUCAGAUUGUUCGUCUUGACUCUGAACUCGAAGAAUGGAGGCGAGGCAUCCCGGAGGUGAUUCACCCUGAAUGCUGCGAAUGCCUUGUAGACGGAGACCAUAGACGGAUGGCUUGUCUUACGACACUGCACUUCACGUACUUUCAAUUGGUGGUGGCGAUUCAUUCCGCAGCGUUCCGUCUUCCAUACUUAGAGGAUCGAGAAGGCAUCCAACCCGACAAUAUCGGUCCUUCUCUGGCUCUCUGCGUCUCUGCCUCUCGAGCGGCAAUUUCACUCCUUGGAUAUCAUCAGACAGAACAUCCGUUCACACCAUACCUCCUUUACCAGGUAGCUUGGUCCGCAGACGUUCUAUUCGUCAACAUUCUCCAGAAUAAGAUGGCUUCCAGUGCCACGCAAGACCUCAGUCUCCUCAGCGCUGUGAUCUCCUUCUUUCAGAAGUACGAUCCAGAUCACCAAUCGGUCAUCUUAUAUCACAUUAUUCGUAUCAUGGUUGACGUCGCUUCUUCUAUCCUGAACGACACUGCUGUCCUUGCGACAAACCCACUCUCCAUCGGUCCUACAUCACAUAAUGCACAGGUUUCAAUAUUCGCGCCUAUCGAUGGCGUACCAACUACAAGAUCAAUGACCUCUGAAGAGUAUACCAGCUUUUCUUCAGCAGAUACUACCGCCAUGGAAACAAAAGCCGCUGUCCAGCCGGGCAAUGUUAGCAGCAACUGCGACGCAGCAGGAUUUAUUAGGGUUAACUCAGCGGCUGAUAUUGAACAGUACCCGCAGUUGGAUGUGGUCAGCAUGGCCAGCACAACAACACCCGAGGCUCCGUUCUUUGGCGGGGUUUUGGAUGUGGCAAAUUGGGGAUUGCCAAUGGAGUAUCAUCCGCAACUUUGGCAAUGCCAGGAGGUUCUGAACCACAGCCAUUCUGAUCAGGAUUAA